GAAACGAUGCCAUGGUAUUACAUUGUGUGGAUGUAAUGUAUUUAUCAGGUCCUUAUUGGGCUUCCCAGUGUUUCCAGGUUACAGGGGAUUCCGUGAUGAACACGGAACACUGGAACACUGGAUGAUGAACAUGGAGCACUGUACUUCUAUUCCUUAGUAUAAAUUCCUAGAAACCUGCACAUUUGUUUACGUCGUAACCAGCUGCGAGGUGGGGAAGUGAGGUGGUUGAAGAAGUGGGAAUCCAUGGGUGGGUUGCGCCUCAGAAUCUCUGCGGAACUCUUCGUCAAAAUGUCGUGUUCGCACCGCACCCCAGAAGGCCUGUGGUGGUUCCGGGGCACUGGCACUAUCUUAAAGGACUGCAGGAGAUUCGGAGAGAUGCUGCAGUUUGUCAGCAAUCAAGUGGGCGAAUUCCCUGACUUGUUCUCAGAGCCGCUCUGCGGCUCCUUCCCCGGCGGUGGCAGUGGCAGUGGCAGUGGCAGUGGCGGUGGCGGCGGCGGCGGCGGCGGGGGCAGCAGCAGCGGUGGUGGAGUUGGGAGCGGGGACCCCUCCGGGCAGCGGCCUUUCAGUCAGGUCCCGCUGCCGGCCUUCUCCCCCUCGGCCACCUCCCCGCAGGCUGCGACCCUCCAGGUCAAGGCGCCCGCCGCCUCGGGUCCCACCCAGCCAAGGGCGGCCCCGGUUCUUCAGCCCCGCCCCCAGCCGCAGCCCCCGCCCCCUGCCCCGUUGCCGCCUCAGACUGUCAUGAUCACCCCGUCCUUCAGCACCGCUCCGCAGACGAGGAUCAUCCAGCAGCCCGUCAUCUACCAGAAUGCAGCUACCAGCUUUCAAGUCCUUCAGCCGCAAGUUCAGAGCCUAGUGACCUCCUCCCAGGUGCAGCCAGUCACCAUCCAGCAGCAGGUGCAGACGGUGCAGGCCCAGCGGGUGCUGACGCAGACGGCCAAUGGCACGCUGCAGACCCUGGCCCCGGCCACGGUGCAGACAGUGGCUGCGCCCCAGGUGCAGCAGGUCCCGGUCCUGGUACAGCCUCAGAUCAUCAAGACAGACUCCCUUGUCCUGACCACACUGAAGACAGAUGGCAGCCCUGUGAUGGCCGCGGUCCAGAACCCCGCCCUCACUGCCCUCACCACCCCCAUCCAGACAGCUGCCCUGCAAGUUCCGACCCUGGUGGGCAGCAAUGGGACCAUUCUGACCACAAUGCCUGUGAUGAUGGGACAAGAGAAAGUGCCCAUUAAGCAGGUCCCCGGGGGAGUCAAGCAGCUCGAGCCUCCCAAGGAAGGAGAAAGGCGGACGACACACAACAUCAUCGAGAAGCGGUAUCGCUCCUCCAUCAAUGACAAAAUCAUUGAGUUAAAGGACUUGGUCAUGGGGACUGAUGCCAAGAUGCACAAGUCUGGCGUUCUGAGGAAGGCCAUCGACUACAUCAAAUACUUGCAGCAGGUCAAUCAUAAACUGCGCCAGGAGAACAUGGUGCUGAAACUGGCAAAUCAGAAGAACAAGCUCCUCAAGGGCAUCAACCUGGGCAGCCUGGUGGACAAUGACGUGGACCUGAAGAUCGAUGACUUUAAUCAGAAUGUCCUUCUGAUGUCACCUCCGGCCUCCGACUCAGGGUCCCAGGCCGGCUUCUCCCCCUACUCCAUCGACUCAGAGCCAGGAAGCCCUCUAUUGGAUGAUGCAAAGGUCAAAGAUGAGCCAGACUCUCCUCCCGUCUCGCUGGGCAUGGUGGACCGCUCUCGCAUCCUGCUGUGUGUCCUCACCUUCCUCUGCCUCUCCUUUAACCCCCUGACCGCUCUGCUGCAGUGGGGAGGGGCCCACGAGGCAGACCAGCACCCGCACUCAGGCCCUGGCCGCAGCAUGCUGUCGCUUGAGUCAGGCUCCAGGGGCUGGCUCGACUGGAUGAUGCCGACGCUCCUCCUGUGGCUGGUGAACGGUGUGAUCGUACUGAGCGUCUUUGUGAAGCUGCUGGUUCACGGGGAGCCAGUGAUCCGGCCGCACUCGCGCUCCUCAGUCACCUUCUGGAGGCACCGGAAGCAGGCAGACCUGGACCUUGCCCGGGGGGACUUUGCGGCGGCUGCGGCCAAUCUGCAGACCUGCCUGUCGGUGCUGGGCCGGGCCCUGCCCACCUCCCGCCUGGACCUGGCCUGUAGCCUCUCCUGGAACGUGAUCCGCUACAGCCUGCAGAAGCUGCGCCUGGUGCGCUGGCUGCUCAAGAAGGUCUUCCAGCACCGGCGGGCUGCCCCAGCCACUGCUGCGGGCUUCGAGGAGGAAGCGAAGACCAGCGCCCGGGACGCAGCCCUGGCCUACCACAGGCUGCACCAGCUGCACAUCACAGGCAAGCUUCCCGUGGGAUCUGCCUGUUCUGACGUACACAUGGCCUUGUGUGCGGUGAACCUGGCUGAAUGUGCCGAGGAGAAGAUCCCGCCGAGCACACUGGUGGAGAUCCACCUGACCGCUGCCAUGGGGCUCAAGACCAGGUGUGGAGGCAAGCUGGGCUUCCUGGCGAGCUACUUCCUCAGCCGCGCCCAAAGCCUGUGUGGCCCCGAGCGCAGCGCCGUCCCCGACUCGCUGCGCUGGCUCUGCCAUCCCCUGGGCCAGAAGUUUUUCAUGGAACGGAGCUGGUCAGUGAAGUCGGCUGCCAAGGAGAGUCUGUACUGUGCACAGAGGAACCCAGCCGACCCCAUCGCCCAGGUGCACCAGGCCUUCUGUAAGAACCUGCUAGAGCGAGCUGUAGAGUCCUUGGUAAAACCUCAGGCCAAGAAGAAAGCUGCAGACCAGGAAGAGGAGAGCUGUGAAUUCUCCAGUGCUCUCGAGUACCUGAAAUUACUUAACUCUUUUGUGGACUCCGUGGGGAUUGUGACCCCCCCCUUCUCCAGCAGCUCCGUGCUCAAGUCGGCCCUUGGCCCAGACGUCGUCUGUCGGUGGUGGACAUCCGCCAUCACCAUGGCCGUCAGCUGGCUCCAGGGAGAUGACGCCGCUGUGCGCGCUCACUUUACUGAAGUGGAGCGAGUCCCCCAGGCCCUGGAAGUGACAGAGAGCCCCCUGGUGAAGGCCAUCUUCCACACCUGCAGAGCCAUGCACGCCUCGCUCUCCGGGAAGGCAGAUGGGCAGCAGAGUUCCUUCUGCCACUGCGAGAGGGCCAGUGGCCACUUGUGGAGCAGCCUCAACGUCAGUGGGGCCACCUGUGACCCCGACCUCAACCAUGUGGUCCAGCUGCUGACCUGUGACCUGCUCCUGUCGCUGCGGACAGCGCUGUGGCAGAAGCAGGCCGGAGCCAGCCAGGCCCUGGGGGAGACCUACCAUGCAUCAGGCGCCGAGCUGGCUGGCUUCCAGCGGGACCUGGGCAGCCUGCGCAGGCUGGCACACAGCUUCCGCCCGGCCUACCGCAAGGUGUUCCUGCAUGAAGCCACCGUGCGCCUGAUGGCCGGAGCCAGCCCUACCCGCACCCACCGGCUGCUGGAGCACAGUCUGCGCCGGCGCACGGCUCAGAACGCCAAGCACGGAGAGGCGGACGCCUGGCCCGGGCAGCGAGAGCGGGCCACUGCCAUCCUCCUAGCCUGCCGCCACCUCCCCCUCUCCUUCUUGUCCUCCCCGGGCCAGCGGGCCGUGCUGCUGGCCGAGGCUGCCCGCACCCUGGAGAAGGUGGGCGACCGGCGCUCAUGCAACGACUGCCAGCAGAUGAUUGUCAAGCUGGGAGGCGGCACCGCCAUUGCCGCCUCCUGACCACGGGGCUCUGCCCACCUCGGCUACCGCCUCCCUUGGUCACUCUCCAGCUCCUUCUGUCUCUGAGUCUCCUCUGUCUCUGAGUCUCUCCCUCCUCCCUCUCUCUCUCUCCCCCUCCUCCCUCUCUCCCCCUCCUGCUCUCUCAGUCUCUCCCUCCUCUGUCUCUCCUUCCUCCCUCUGUCUCUCUCCCUCCUCCCUCUCUCUCUCUCUCUCCUCUGUCUCUGAGUCUCUCCCUCCUCCCUCUGUCUCUCCCUCUUUGUCUCUCAGUCUCUGCCUCAUCCUCUGUCUCUUGUGUCUCUCUCCCCUUCCCUGUGGGAGCUGAGGGACAAACCUUGGCUUUGGAGUGGUCACCUGCCGAGGCUUCUGGACCACCUCUGGCUAGUGGGCCCCUGGGAGCUGCUGCGGAGAGAGGCCCCCAGCCCAGGCCCCAGUGGGCCAGAGCAGGGAAAGAUAGGGCAGGCAGGAAAUGGGGGUUCCCUGACUUGAAAGUGGCAGGGGGAGCUCCCAGGCUGCCCAGUCCCACCUCUAGCCCUCCCAGGACUCUUCUUUCUUCUGAAAAUCUCCCCACUCCCUUUUCCUGCUUCCUUGUUUUUUUUUUUUUUUAUCAGGCUUUCCCUCUGCGGGACAUAGGUCUCUGGGCACCAUGCGCUCCACCCGUGGCACUGUGCCCAGUACGCCCCCCUUUUAUAUGAAUGUUUUUAUAUCUGUGUGCUUGGAGUUGCCGUGAUGCAAGGCUGAGUUGCUGUGGCAUCUUUAUUUCUCUCCCUGAGUCCGCGUCCCCUCCCUGUAUCUGACAAAGCGAGUUCAUUGUUUUCUCCUCAUUACACAGGACAGCCAGGGGAGGAGCAAGCCCAGCCCUGGGGAGGUGGGUGGGAGGCAGGGGGCAGGCUUGGGGAUGGGUGAAAUUGUGUUGGCAUUAUUUUUUAAUUUUUUUAAAAAAUAAAUGGUCUUACUUAAUUGUCCUGUUCCUUCCCACUCCCUGGGAUGUCAGCCCAGUCUCAGGGUAUGCCCCCAGGGGGGCUGGGAGAGAGAAAGUCACCCACCAGGACUGAGGACCAGGAGCCUUCAGUGUGGGUUCUCCGCUCUCUUGGGCUCCCUCCCACCCCAACUCCUACCUCCACGGUCUAUUUUUAUCCCUAAUUCUUGACCUGAACAUAAGCCAGGCUGGCGGGGACCAGACCCCAACCCGUCCCCAGACAAGCCCCUUUUUGAGAUGGGCACAGUGUUGCCCACGGUGGGUACUAGGAUCAAAGCCCCCUUCCUUGAGGGGGGGUCCUGUGAGGAAGAGUGGCCCCACUUUUCCGGAUGCCCAGGCUUGGCAUCUACCUGAGGCCAUUUCUCCUGGGGCCUGAGGGCUGCCUGGCACCCGGGGCCUGCGGGGAGGCCAAGAGGGGCUGCCCUCCUCCCUCCCUGUGCCUCUCACCCCCUUGGGCUGGUUGGGGCAGAAAGUGGGCAGGGGCCCCAGCACAGACUGAGGGUACAUACAGCAAGGGCUCCCCUCAUGCCGAGAGCAGGCUUCACCCACGAGCUCGGACCUCACCCAAUUUUUCUCUUCUGCCCCCACCUUAAUUUAUGGCCCCUGCCCCCUGGGUGAGCCAGCCUUUGUGUCAUGUGUAUAUAUCGUGCCUUUUCUCAUGAUGGUUUCAGGGGGGGAGGGGGUGGGUUUUUCACUGAAAAGUGGGCGAUGCCUGUGGCUUCCUUGAUAUGGAAUCAUUCACUGUGUCCUGGAUGUAGGUUAUUGAAUAAACAGAUUGGUACCACCCGG